UUUUCCCACUUGGCACUUUUUUUCGUGUAUCUGAUCUCAACAUUAAAUCUGCUGAUGCUGACCAUGGAGCGGUAUUUUGCCAUCGUUCACCCACUCAAAUACCAGGCAGCCUUUGCCAAGCAGCCCCGGCUGAAAGUCGGUGUGGUUAUUGCAGCCUGUUGGAUCUUCACGAUCAUUGCCAAGUCCUACAACAUCACCCUCUUCGAGGUGGAAGACGGCGCGUGUGUUUCGAGUGCCGAAUCUCGGUCGAAAGUCUUGGGAGUUUUGACAGCCAUGGUACACUACGUGGUGCCUGUAACAGUGAUGCUGUUUGCCUACAUCCGCAUCAGCGUGGAGCUCAAGCGAAGAGCCGCCCGACUGCAGCCCGCACUGCCGCCCGUUGAUCCCACUGCUGGAGUAUCGACGGCAGACACUGCCCGACCAAUAAAUGUGUUGGCGGCGUCCCUUCUCCGGGCCAGGCGCAACGUCUUCAAGAUGCUGCUGAUCGUUUUCGUCACGUUCCUGAUUUGCUGGACUCCGAACCAGGUACUCUUCCUCAUGUUUAACCUCGGCUUGCCACUGCGGUUCGACGAGUGGUAUAUAUUGCUCUCUGUCGCGAUGGUAUCCGCAAACUGUUGCGUCAACCCGCUCAUCUACGCUUUCAAGUACCAGCAAUUCCGCAGGGGGCUACGCGAGAUGUUCUGCCAUCGUCGGGUCGGGCUACACCCGGACUCAUCCAACCCAACAAAUUUCAUUCAGGCUGUACGAUGAACAAACGCGAUGAGGAUAGACAUGUUCAGAUUUCGCCUGGAAAUAUACUGUAACUUAGAAUCAUUGUUCGCGUGGUCACAGACUGUGAAUGCACAAGUGCUGGAUUUCAACACCUAUGCUUUCAGGGUGGCUACAUGUAGCAAAUGCUAAAGAACACCGGCAAAAGGAAAACCAACUAUUUUCAACCUAGAUCUCCCCCUGCGAAAUUCUAGAACAAAUGAUUACAAAGGAUCCCUUAUGGUAAUUGAAUGCAGCUAUUUUUAUGAAAACUUUUCAUGAAGACUUUUAUUCUUACAAAACCAAACAUUUUCUGAUAGCUAUUAACAGGGGCUAGACUAUGAUCUGACAUAGUUAGGAGUCACCUAUCCAACAAUAAUUUGAAGAAAAAACCUCUAAAGUGUGUGUUACCAAGAAUCUGGCCAAAUCUUGACUAAUCCACUGUGUCUGAAUCAUGUGGCUGUGGCUGGAGAUAACACACAAACCUAUAAACCUAAGCUAAUGGCUUUAUCUAUUUCGCCUAGGCUCAUACAUUAUUUCUAGCUGUCCCUAGCUCCAAGUACCUGAUCAGAACUAGAGUACUGAACUUUGUGUUUGGUAAGACACUAACAGGUUUUGA